AAUAAAGGAAAAACUAGCAACCCUUUUAAAUUCUAUAUAAAGCUUCACUAUACUCUUGUACACUACACUGAAAGUAGAGUCAUUUCAAGUUCAAAGAAAAAAGAAAAAAAAAACAUGGGCAACUUCCUAAGUCUUCACUUGCUGAUACUAUUCUUCUCUCUCCAAUGUUUUCUUGCUUAUACUAUGGCUAAAUCUGCUGCUAUGCGCUCAAAUCCUGAUGCCAAAUUCAUUAGAGUUUCAUGUAAAGCCACACUUUACCCUGUCUUAUGUGUCCAAUGUCUCUCUGCUUAUGCUAACACUGUCAAACAAAGUGAGCAGCAACUGGCUCGUGCUGCUUUAUCAGUUAGCUUAGCUAGAGCAAAAUCCACCACCAUAUUUGUCUCUAAGUUAACCAGAGUUAGAGGCCUAAAGCCAAGAGAAAAACAAGCUGUAAAAGACUGCUUUGAUACAAUGAGUGAUAGUGUAGAUCAGAUCAAUAAAUCUAUACCAGAACUUGGGCAAACUGGUCAUUUUGCUGCUGGACAGGACUUUAUGUGGCAUGUUAGUAAUGUGCAAACUUGGGUUAGUGCUGCAAUGACAGAUGAAAACACUUGUCUUGAUGGAUUUUCAGGACCUGGUAUGAAUGGAAAUGUGAAAGCUGUUUUAAGGUCAAGAAUACUUCAUCUUGCACAAGUUACUAGUAAUGCACUUGCUUUGGUUAAUCGUUUUGCGGAUAGACACCGACCUAGACGGGAAUAGAGAAAUUCCUGGUAGGGAGCCCUUAAUACCCCUUAAUACAAAGUUAUGGAGUUUCAGUGAGGUAGCUGGUUUUGAUGUGUAAAGGUUAUGUUUACUUUAUGCUACUUUAAUUUUGCAUAAGCAUGAAUUUUAGGUCUUGUGUUUAGUGCUAUAAAUAUACUACUGUUCUAGUAGGUUUUUGUGAGAUGUUCAAUUUUGUAGCUGCGAAUGAAGAUAGUGCAGCUUAGUUUGCUGGUCUCUAUGUAAAUAUAAUAAUAUCUUUUUGCUUGUUUGGGCUUUCUUUUUGUACUCUGUUUCAUUUUUGUAUAAUAGUACUACUUAAUGCUGAACAAAGAGUAAUCUUGCUUUU